AACUCCCCACAGACGCAAUUUUUGAAACUUUAUAUAAACUUUCUCCUUUCUUCAAUUUCCUUAUCUUCUUCUUCCCUCUCAAUUUUUCUCCUCUCUCUUCUUAUGGCCAAAUCAAACUCCACCAACAAUUCCCAAAUAAGCUGCAGCCGAGGCCGCGACCGCAGCGCCGAUGGCGAUCGGUCCCCGGAGGAGAGUGGCUGGACCAUCUACUUUGAAGACUUCCUCAACUCUUCCGACCAUCAACAACUCAGCUCCUUCUCUUCUGAUGGUGUUGCUCCUGAUGAUCAACCCCACGUCGCACCUGACGCUGCUUCCUCCGUGGUCGGUGACAACGACGUGGCCGUGCCUGGGUUGAGCUGCAAAGUUAUGAAUGGUUUCAAGAAGAGGAGGAUGAUGAUCAAAGAGGUGUUUGUUGAAGAUGAGUCCUUGGAGGAUACUGCUAGCUCCCCUGUCAAUAGCCCCAAGGUGUGA